UGAGCUUGCAAUAUUUUGUGAUUUGCAGAUUUUUGUGAAUUUAGUAGUCAUCCGCGUAGUAAUUCUCCACUGAAUCGAAGCAAAAGCAACGAAUAAUGACUCUUGCUUCCAAGAUGGAGGUUGACCCCUCGAAGGGGGAGGGCUUCCGGUCCUACUACAUCCAAAAGAUUGAGGAAUUGCAGCUGAUUGUUGCGGAGAAAAACCAGAACUUGCGCCGACUGCAGGCUCAGCGUAACGAGCUGAAUGCCAAAGUGCGUAUGCUACGUGAAGAGUUGCAACUGCUGCAAGAACAAGGAAGUUACGUGGGAGAAGUGGUUAAGCCGAUGGACAAGAAGAAGGUAUUGGUAAAGGUUCAUCCGGAGGGCAAGUUCGUAGUUGAUAUCGAUAAGAACAUUGAUAUCAAUGACGUUACACCGAACUGCCGGGUUGCGUUACGGAAUGAGAGCUACACGCUGCAUAAAAUUCUGCCGAAUAAGGUCGACCCUCUUGUGUCGCUUAUGAUGGUCGAGAAGGUACCGGAUUCGACCUAUGAAAUGGUUGGUGGACUCGAUAAGCAGAUUAAGGAGAUCAAGGAAGUUAUCGAACUCCCUGUGAAGCAUCCGGAACUAUUCGAUGCUCUCGGAAUUGCGCAACCGAAGGGCGUUCUCCUGUAUGGACCACCCGGAACUGGAAAAACUCUUCUUGCUCGAGCCGUAGCUCAUCACACGGAAUGUACCUUUAUUCGUGUUUCCGGUUCGGAGCUAGUGCAGAAGUUCAUCGGUGAAGGAUCUCGUAUGGUGCGAGAACUGUUCGUUAUGGCUAGAGAGCAUGCUCCAUCCAUCAUCUUUAUGGAUGAAAUCGAUUCCAUUGGAUCGUCGCGUAUUGAGAGUGGUAGCGGAGGAGAUUCCGAAGUUCAACGAACUAUGCUGGAACUGCUAAAUCAGUUGGAUGGAUUUGAAGCAACCAAAAACAUUAAGGUCAUCAUGGCAACAAACCGAAUUGAUAUCUUAGACCCGGCUUUACUGCGCCCCGGGCGUAUUGAUCGCAAAAUUGAAUUCCCCCCACCAAACGAGGAGGCUCGGUUGGACAUUUUGAAGAUUCAUUCUCGCAAAAUGAACUUGACGCGCGGCAUCAAUUUGCGUAAGAUUGCCGAGCUAAUGCCGGGAGCUUCCGGGGCUGAGGUGAAGGGAGUCUGCACCGAAGCUGGCAUGUAUGCUUUGCGAGAGAGACGCGUUCAUGUUACUCAGGAGGACUUCGAAAUGGCCGUAGCGAAGGUGAUGCAAAAGGAUUCGGAGAAGAACAUGUCCAUUAAGAAAUUGUGGAAGUAGUUGCCUCGUGUUGGGGUAUUCUGGUAAAGUUUUUUGUAAGUCUGCUAAUGUUCUAAUUAAUUCUACGUUCACGAUCGCCGAAUAACAGGUAAAUUGU